AUGAAACUUAAAGUGUCAGGGGCUUAUAUCAAAGAUGAUACCGCUACUUUACAGAGCAGCGGUAUCCAUGGCGGGUCCGUUGUGCUAUUAUACGGCGACCGAGUGCGAGUAAAGCAGGUGAUGGAGACGGCGUCAGGCAACCCAGAGGAGGUAGGGUACAUGAUGCGUAUAUCCAAGGUGAUGGACAAGAUCGAAGGAGCCAAGGAUAAGAUUGAAGAAUUUGAUAUUGGCGUGGUGUGUGUGAUGGAGAACCCACAGACGGAAAAGAGAAAGGAGACAGAGGAUCUGGGGAUCUAUUUAUCGGAACUAUUAAUGCAAGCACUCAUCACACUGGAUGGAGUGGACUGCCCAUCCGAGUUUGAGACGGCUAGACAAGAUAGAAGAAAGGGAGUGAAAGUGUGUCAGGAAUUGAUGGAUCGAGUGGAUGGAUCGAGAGCUACUUUAAAAAAGUAUUAG